AUGACCACCAUCGCUUACUUAACUGGCACCUGUAUUGGCUACCUGGCUAUUACCCACGCAAGGACUGUCGUUGUGGUGCACGAGCUUUCACCUGCAACUACUACAGUCUCCUCCUACAAGCUACCACGGACUGACGUCGGUCUGACCAACGGAAAAUGGCAAUCCAUAUGGCCAGCGAUACUACGUAUCCUCAGAGAAAUCGACCAACUCUGUCACUCCAAAGAACUUUUGCUGGAUGGGACGUUCCCCGGCGACGACUUUUCACCACCAUUGUCUUCAGAGCAAGAUUAA